UCCAAUGAGGGUUGCCAGUACUAGGCCAGCUAGUUUCCGCUUUCACUUUGUCUCCAAUAACCACGGAUUCAGGAGUUUUUCUAGCUUUGAAUCUCCACUUCUGUGCUUCUCAGAGAAAAUGGAAAAACGGGUGUAUGCUGGAACUAAACUAUCACACUCUUUUGCUGCAAGCCCCCAGCAGGCCCCACAACCACCAAAGCCUGCGGGCACAGCUCGCCCUCCUCCUCCUCCUCCCCCUGAUAGAGCUCUUCGGCCUCUGCCACGGCGCCAGGGCUCACACCCUCCUCCAUCUGCUCGAGGUGAACCAAAAACAACUGAUACCAACUCUAAAUGAUAUGAGUCGGGUAUCCGCUUUGAUAUCAGUAACUUUCUUAAAUGUUUACAAAACAAGCGGGAACCCAGUGUGCCUGAAUCCUUCUCUAUAGCGGUUCAAAUACAUGAUAGAAAAUCUAAGGCCUUCAACAGCCGUACAGCAAACCCAUCUAAUCUGGUGUCCAUUACACGCCAAAAUAAGACUGCUGUGGGGACAAAAAGUAAGACUAUAAAGUUAGCACUUUUAAACA